AUGAAUACGUCAGAGACAAGUAUUGACCUAUGGCCAUCGACUCCAGAUGCCGUCGUUGUCUCAGAGCUAGAUCCAUCAUCUCAGGAGCUCCCAGAGAGCACGGAUAUUAUGUUCAACUCUGACAAUCAUUCCGUCCAUGAUAUCGCAUUGAAUGAUGACCAUAGGUACGACUCUGUUGACAGACCCAUUGCUCGAACUUUCAUGCAGGAAGUGGAGAAAUUAGUCACGGAGAAGCUUGGUAGAGCAUCAGCCCCCGCAUCAAGUAUUUUUGGUCGAAGUCGUGAUAAUCCCUCAUUGCAAGCCUCAAUUCAUGGAUCACGGCAGAAGGAUAUAGACUAUGCUCUACCCACCAGAGAACAUGCCGAUAGCCUGCUCAGCUCCUACUGGAGAUAUGUACAUGUUCUUUUAUCGAAGACUACGAUAAGAUUUGGGACCGUGGCAACUCAAUGA